AGAUUUUAUUUCAUUUGAUAAGCACUUCAUUAUAUUGAUAUCGAAAUUAUAGACCUAUAAAACUUGUUUACGAUUUUCGGUAUAUCUUGAGAUAUUUUGGGUUUUUUUUCAUUGAAAAUAUCCGGAAAUUCCAUCAACAUGAAGUUCCUUUUGGUGAUUGCUGCUUUUCCGACAAUUUUGAAUGCACUAACGUUAGAAGAAGUGAAAACAAGGGCCGACAUUUCUCACAAGAAAUGCUUCGAAACCACCAAUGCAAACGAGGACACUGUGGCAAAAAUCAGAAGUCAUGAUUUUAGCGAAGACGAUCCAGUUGUACGUGAACAAAUAUUAUGCUACUCCCAAGAAGUUGGCUACAUGAACUCCAACGGGGAAAUGAACCUGGAAUUCAUGAGAAGGAGGGCAAGUCCAUAUAUCAACUUCGCUGAAAUCGACAACGAUAGAAAAUUCAGCGAGUGUACGAGACCCAAAGCUUCAGACGUACCUGUUGACCUAUUCAUAACUAGGUUGUUGAAGUGUUUAUACACGGAAUUCCCUGAUGUCCUAUUAGGGUGAUUCAUACACUAUGGAAUGUGAAUGAUAACUGAGCAAUAAAAUUCACUUUUGACGAA